AUGUCAAAAGGUGCAAAUAAAAAAAAGUCGAACCCAAUUUCUGCGUGGAAAAAUGAAAAGAGUGAAAAAACUAUCGCGUAUGAAAUUCUUGCUAAAAAAAAGCCAGGAAUAUGGACGAUGUUAUCAAACUACAUUAUUCAACGUCAGAUUGAGCUACCUCUAAAAAUUAUAAGCGUAUUAAUUUUAUCUUAUUUGAUUAAUCCCACUCCACGAAAUCCUUUUUCUAAAUUUCUCUUCAUAUCAUACCCUGUACAACAAAGCCCUUCAGAUGAAAUUUUAUAUGUGAAAGGAUACUGGGACAUCGCGUAUAUUGUCUUCUGGAUGUUAGUAUUCACAUUCAUUAGAGAGUUUUCAAUGCAAUAUCUGCUAAAGCCUUUUGCAUUAUGGGCGGGAGUAAAAACAAAGAGAAAAUUAACAAGAUUUAUGGAGCAAGGGUACAUCUUUAUUUAUUGCUCAAUAUCGACUUCUGUUGGCACAUAUAUAAUGAUUCAGGGUCCUUACCGAUAUUUUAAUACCAAACACUUUUGGAUCGAUUAUCCACAUUUUUUAAUAACCCCUCUUGUGAAAAAUUACUAUCUUAUCCAAUUUGGAUUUUGGCUUCAACAAAUUUUUGUUCUUUUGCUUCAACUCGAGAAACCUCGUAAGGAUUUCAUCGAGAUGGUAGCACAUCAUAUCAUAACAUGUUUGUUGAUUGGAGGUAGUUAUUUAUUCAAUUUUACAAGGGUAGGGAAUAUGGUAUUCAUUACAAUGGAUUUUUCGGAUAUCUGGCUAUCGUUCGCAAAAUGUCUCAAGUACUUGGCGUUUCCAAACAUCGUUACCGAUAUGAUGUUUGUAUUCUUUAUGAUUACUUGGGCAUAUACCAGACAUUAUCUUUACGGGAUAAUUGUUUGGAGUACUUACGCUGAAUCAUGUUUACCAGAACUUAACAAAUGUAUUUGGGAUCCGUUAAAUGGGUAUUGGUUAACUUGGUGGUCAAAAGUUCUUACCGGUAAAAAUGCCGAAGAUACAAGGAGUGAUACUGAAGAUGAUGAUGAUAAUGUGAUGGUGGAAAACCCAUUAAAUACCAAGAAAACAAAUUAA